UCAAAUAUUUUGGUCAAAAUUUUUUUAUCAGGAAAUUGGAUAACUGGAUUUUAUUUUGUAAAGAUAAUGGUUUUAGGAAAAAUAUAAUAUUCUUAUUUUAGUGAUUAUUCUUAAUUACUGUGUAUGUAGUAGAUUUCCAGUUGCAGUGAAAGAUGGAAAAUCCCAAUAAAAUUAUGGUAGCAAGUAGCUCUAAAGAUUACAAAAGAGAUGGUAAAAUAAAAAAACAUAUUGUUGAUUUUUUCAAAUGGUUAAACAAUAUCCAACAAGAUUUCACUGUCAACUCUACCAGAAAGGAGAGAAGCGAGCUAUUAUUCCUUUUGAUGCAGUUGAAAAAACAGUUAUCUUAUUCCAUUUCCAUUUUGAAUAUGCCCCCUUCAACUCAAAGACAAGAAUUUCUGUGUGAGAUUUGUUCGAGUAAAAUAAUUCUAGAGCCUCUUGAAGAUAUUUGGGAGUGCCUAGCAAGCCAUUGUCAUUCAAACUCAUGUGUUAAAGAGAAUAGUUUUGAGGAGGUAAUAAAUGCAAAAGACGAAGUGGACAAAAGUAUUUAUUUGAAAAGUCAUUCACAUUCUGAAUCUUCAAUUAACGAAGCAAUUCUACAAGAAAUGGACACUAAAGAAGAGAAUAUAAGUAGUACUGAUAGUGAUACUAAUUCAGAAAGUUCCUCUGACGUAAUGGGUUUUAAAGAUAAUGUUCAUUCUUUAGAAGAAUAUGAGAAAGCAGACGUUGCUGGUACAUCUUCUGGUAUUUUAUCUACUGAUGAACAUGAUUUGAAUUCAUCACCCAGCUUAAAUAGUGAUCUAAUCCAGAACUUGCAUAAUCCUUCCUUCAAGUCUCGUUCUUGGUAUCCAUCAAGUCCUCUCAGAAGCACUGACGAUAAUAGAGAAGAUUCUGAGUUUAAUACCAACCAUAACAUGGACAUACUUGACAACAAAAGGGAGAAUCCUACAAUGCUUAUGAACAAUUAUAAAAUGUUCUCCCCUCCAACAUUAGAUUAUUCCAAUACAUUGCAAUCUGAUGUGUACAAAUUUCGUUUUGAAUUUCAAUCAAGAUAUUCUAAACAAGAAGAAUCACUGCUGUAUCCUAAAUUUUACCGAAAAUUUGAUUUGGAAGGAGAUCCCAUUCUGCAAAGGACAGGUCCAGAUCGUACAGUGUGUUUGACAUGUUGCUGUGAAUUGCUUGGUCAAAAUGCUCCCUCUUGCAUAGUUAGCCAUACUUCAGGAAGUAGACAUUCAAAUGCAACAUCUAAAAUGGGAGAUAUCAUCAGAAAUUACCACGAUACUUUCUUGAGAUUAGACAGAGAAUUUCAGAGCCAUCAAAUAUACUUUGCUACUGAUGAUGAAGGGUACCUUUUAAAAUGUGUUGUGUGUUUAAAAUAUGUUAGAUGUGGAGAUGUGCAAGCUCAUAUAAUGAGUAAACUUCAUAGCAGAAAAUUAAUUAGGCUGAGUCGUGAAAGUAAAAUGCAUUCGCUCUUCUACUUUUUGAGGAAACAUGUUGAGGGUUAUGGAGUUAAGUUUGAAGAACCGCAGGCUGUCAACGAAUCAGAGGAGGUUGAGAAGCCAAAACGUAAUGUUAACAAUAAGGUACAUAACAUAGUUAAAUCAACUGAUGACUCUGACCCAGCUUUGAUGAACAAACUGCCAGGGAGAUUCAGUAAGCAUUUGAAGUAUUUGCGACCAAUGAAUUACUCAGUUUCAUGCAACAUUUGCGACAAGGGGACUAACAUCUUCAGCUGGAAGAGUAUCAGGCUACACCUAGUCCAGCCCUCUCAUUUAGUUUUGACGAAGACUCCAACUCUUAACUAUGCCUAUCACUGUGACAUUUGCGAUAAAAGAUGCCAUGAUGAGAUCACAUGGAUUCUUCAUUUCAAUGACGAGUAUAAAAGGCAUAAGGAGGCAGCGGAAUGUAAAAAACAAGAUAAACCUGUUGAAUAUGAAUGUUCAACUUGCAAACUAGUUUUAUUUGGAGAUUCUGAGUCUUUAGAGAAACACAAACAGAGUAAUCCUAUAAGAAGGACGGAAAGAUUUCGAUCUGUAACAUUGAACAAAGAGACGAAGGAGUUUUUCAGUUCCAAAAAAGCAAUAGAGGAAAAUGCGAAAGUAUUAUGGGAUGACGCAGAAGAUGUAGUUUCAAGAACUGACCUUGUCGCCAAGUGCUGUGAAGAUUUAGAAAAUGCUCUAGAGAGUAAAUAUAAGUUCUGCAAAGCCUACCCUUUCGGUUCAAGAAUAUCAGGCUUGGGAGGAAGUCAUAGCGAUUUGGAUAUAUUCAUUGACACUGGUUCCAUGUACAACGGCAGUCAAAAUCAGGACGAACAAAACCAAACCUUGAUAAUCACAAACGUCCUGAAUUUGAUAAGGAAACGAAAAGAAUUCACUCAGAUAAAUUCCAGACCGACCGCCAGAACACCUAUAAUACAGUUGAAACACAAGAGCACAAACUUAGAUUGUGACGUAUCUUUCGUUCAUGGACUUAGUGUUGAAAACACGAAAUUUUUGAGGUAUUGCUUUGAACUGCAACCAAUUUCCCAAAAACUCAUUCUCUUGGUGAAGAAAUGGUCUCAUCUCUGCGGCCUAAAUGAAAAUAUUACAACUUACGCCCUGGCAAUGUUGGGUAUAUUUUAUCUGCAGAAGAAAAAAUUACUCCUACCCGUACAAGUUAUAAAAAAAUUGAAUGAAAUAAAUUUCACAAUUAUCGGCUGGGAAACCAUUGAUUAUGUAACACCCAAGGAGGAAAUUCAAAAGCAUAUUGAAAUGUUCGAUGGGGACAUCACUGAACUUUUAAUUGGGUUUUUCGAGUUUUAUUCUAAUUUUAACUAUAAACUUCAUGUUGUUUGUCCACUAUUAGGAACAGAAAUAUCGAAAGAUUUGUUCUCAAUAGAUCCAAAAGGUGGUGCGCUCCCCGUAGAGAUGAGCAGUUAUGUUAAAAAAAUCAAUACUGAAAGCUCGCCAGAGUAUUUCAGAUGUCUUUCCCAUUUUUGCAUCCAAGAUCCGUUCGAUCUAAGCCACAAUUUAACCAAAGCAUGUAAUAGUUCUUUAUUAAAUAAAUUCGUGAAAUUAUGCAGCUUAACUCAUGUAUUGUUGACUAAAUUAGGUGAUUAAUGGAAUUGAAUGUUGUGUGGUGAUUUAUGAUAUUUUAAAUGUAAAGGCGAUUUAAUGAAUAAAUUUCUAUAUUUGCUCAA